AUGAGGGCUCUGGCUGCAGCGGGUGCUGCCCGGGUCUUGGUCACCCUGGCAGCUGCGGCUCUUUGCGGUCACCCUCUGCUGGGAGCGAGCGCCACUUUAAACUCGGUUCUCGUCAAUUCCAACGCCAUCAAGAACCUGCCCCCACCGCUGGGCGGCGCUGCGGGGCACCCGGCAGUCAGCGCGGCUCCCGGAAUUCUGUUCGAGGGUGGCAACAAGUACCAAACGAUUGACAACUAUCAGCCAUACCCGUGCGCCGAUGACGAAGAAUGCAGCAGUGACGAGUACUGCGCGAGUCCCACCCGCGGAGGAAGUGCAGGCGCACAAAUCUGCCUAGCCUGCAGAAAGCGCCGAAAACGCUGCAUGCGGCACGCUAUGUGCUGCCCUGGGAAUUACUGCAAAAACGGAAUAUGUAUGCCUUCUGAUCACAAUCAUUUCCACCGAGGGGAAAUUGAGGAAACCAUUAUUGAAAGCUUUGGUAAUGACCAUAGCACCUUGGAUGGGUACUCCAGAAGAACUACACUGUCAUCAAAAAUGUAUCAUACCAAAGGGCAAGAAGGUUCUGUCUGUCUCCGAUCAUCAGACUGUGCCACAGGGUUGUGUUGUGCAAGACAUUUCUGGUCCAAGAUCUGUAAACCUGUCCUCAAAGAAGGUCAAGUAUGCACCAAGCACAGGAGAAAAGGUUCCCAUGGGCUGGAGAUAUUCCAGCGUUGUUACUGUGGAGAAGGUCUGUCUUGCCGGAUACAGAAAGAUCACCAUCAAGCCAGUAAUUCUUCUAGACUUCACACCUGUCAGAGACACUAA